GAUCCAGCAGGAAUCUUCGAGCUGGUCGAGGUGGUCGGCAAUGGGACGUAUGGGCAGGUGUACAAGGGCCGUCACGUGAAGACGGGCCAGCUGGCCGCCAUCAAAGUGAUGGAUGUCACAGAGGAGGAAGAGGAGGAGAUCAAAGCCGAAAUCAACAUGCUGAAAAAAUACAGCCACCACCGAAACAUAGCCACAUACUACGGUGCCUUUGUCAAGAAGAGUCCACCGGGACAUGACGACCAACUCUGGCUGGUGAUGGAGUUCUGUGGCGCGGGAUCAGUGACCGACCUGGUGAAAAACACAAAGGGCAGCUCCCUGAAGGAGGACUGGAUUGCUUACAUCUGCAGAGAGAUCCUGAGAGGGCUUUCUCACCUCCACGCCCACAAAGUGAUCCACAGAGACAUCAAGGGCCAGAACGUGCUGCUAACGGAGAACGCAGAGGUCAAACUGGUGGAUUUUGGUGUCAGCGCUCAGUUGGACAGGACAGUCGGGCGUAGGAACACCUUUAUCGGUACACCUUACUGGAUGGCACCUGAGGUUAUCGCCUGUGAUGAGAACCCUGACUCCACCUAUGACUACAGGAGCGAUAUCUGGUCCCUGGGGAUCACAGCCAUAGAGAUGGCGGAGGGAGCUCCACCUUUGUGUGACAUGCACCCGAUGAGAGCCCUCUUCCUUAUCCCAAGGAAUCCCCCUCCGAAACUGAAAUCCAAAAAAUGGUCCAAGAAGUUCAUUGACUUCAUAGAGGGCUGUCUGGUGAAGACUUACACCAGCCGACCAUCGACGGAGCAGCUGCUCAAGCACUCCUUCAUCAGGGACCAGCCCACCGAGCGCCAGGUCCGAAUCCAGCUCAAAGACCACAUCGACCGAACUCGCAAGAAACGAGGAGAGAAAGAAGAGACGGAGUAUGAGUACAGCGGUAGUGAUGAAGAGGAUGAAAAUCGUGGCGAUGACAGAGAGUCUAGUUCAAUCCUCAAUGUGCCCGGCGAGUCCACCUUGAGGCGGGACUUCCAGCGUCUGCAGCAGGAGAACAAAGAGCGGUCCGAGGCUCACAAGAGGCAGCAGGCCCAACUGGCCGCUCAGCGCAGAGACCCCGAGGAGCACAAGAGGCAGCUGUUGCACGACCGACAGAAACGCAUUGAAGAACAGAAGGAACAGCGGCGUCGACUUGAAGAGCAACAGAGAAAGGAGCGAGAGAUGGUGAGGCAGCAGGAAAAGGGUCCCCACCGGAGACUCGACGAUAUGAGACGGGAGGAAGAUAGGAGGUUGGCUGAGAGGGAGCAG